GGUGCUUACUGCUUAGGAAUCAACAAUUAAUUAUUAAGAAUUUUUAAUUCUUGAGCAGGCAGUCAUUAUACAUGUUUCUCAUUUUUAUUCAUUCAUAGUAAUUUUGUUCGGAAUAAGAUUAAAUUCCUAUACGUUUUAUAUUGCCAGCAUCAAUAGAAUCUGACACGACACUGUCAUAAGGGAGUUUUAUUGUUCUUAGACCUUGGUUUUUUUCCAAACAUUCUUGUAGUAUUUAUUAGUUCAGCAACAUUCAGUCCACUUUAUGAAAUGCUCACUACAUUCGAAUAUGGUAAGUUCUUAUUAUAAAAUUGAUCAUAUGGUAAGUUCUUUUUGUAAAACUAAUCAUAUUUAUUUCGAUACCUAAACGAGGCUCCUUCCAUUUUCUAGGUACCCCAAACCUUUUUUUUAAACAAACUGCGUAUUUUGAAUUUUUUUGGAAGGUCCAGAGAACCCUAAAUAUUAAGUGUGGCAAACAUAGAUUGGUGGCAAUUGUGAUAGAUAUGAGAGGGUCAUUGCCCCCAAUUAAGGGGAAAGACAAAAGCAGGUUAUAAAUUCGUCCCAUAGAGAGACUGGUGAAAGAAUAGUGAAGGGAGAUUUUAAGGGAAAUCUGUAAAACAAAUCUUCACCGUCUUCGGUCCCAGAUGAGGCUAAUCUUCGCCCCUAGAAGAGGCUAAGACAGUAAGGGGAAAAAAACUGCCCUUUCUAGGAAGCAAAGAGGAACUGAUGCCUCUCGAGGAGGCUCUGAGCAUCACCAAGUUGAGCACAAGAAAGUCAAGCAUAAGAGAGUCGAUCGCGGCCAUAUCUCUCAGUAAAGUUUCUAAUUUAUAACUUGUUCGAUAUCAUGAAGCGAAUAAAACUUAGACAUGCAAAGAUGGCUUUGGAAUUUUAUAAGAAGAGACAGGAUGCUGAGUUUGAAGUUUUAGAAGUCCUGAAUUUUACUAGUUCGGAAUUACAACACCCCGAAUCCAAGUGGGGUCGAUCAUGGAGUCAUGUCAACUUCAUUGCUAAACCAAAGAACACUGACUGCAACGUCUCUCCAAAACACUUCUUUGGUGAAUUCUAUAAAGAUGAUGAUUCAGGGAAAUUCCAUGUCACCUACUGUUCUACAUUUGAGCCCAGUGAUGAUCCUGGAUUCAACCAUGGUUGCAUAUUUUGCCCACCCAGUGAGAAAUUUCAUCCUUCCAAUGGAGAUUUUGUUGCUCGUCCGCCAUGGUAUAAGAGGAGUGGUAUAAGACGAGGAUAAUAUAUGGUUAGUUUAAGUAGGCACUGGUAUCUAUAUAUAUAAUAUAGGCUGGAACAAGUUUGGAGUUUUUGGUUGAAACUGACAGUUGAAAGAAAACUUAAUUUAUGUAUUGGAUUUUACAAUAUAUAUUUAUCUGUUUAAAUACUAAUAUGGUGAAGUAUAAGUUUUUGAUGCA